GCUUCUGCACGGAGUAUUAGUGUUCCGCCGGAGUAGUUAGUUCUAUAGGGGACUUUCCAUGUGUUCUGGAUAGUCACAUCCAUCAAAUAUCACCUGCUAUAGGUACAGACCCUUAACAGACAACACCACGCUUACGGACGUACAAGCAUAACCACAAGGCAUAAACAAUAGGACUUCCGCAUGAUAACACUCCCCUUCCGUAGAAUAGUUCUUGAAUGUCUCAUUCCUCAUACGGGGGUCUGAGGAAAUCUCAGCCUCAGGCCGGAAAGUUACACUGUGCGACUCAAACAUUCCGUGCUGUGAGCGUACCAUAGGAAUGACAGCAGAUUAUCCCUUGCGUAGUGUUGUGGUUUGGUGGAAAGAUGUUUGCUCAUGGUGGUAUACGAGGAGUUGAUAUAUAUGGUCAAGGGGAUGUUGCCAUGAUGUUGAGUCUCGUGGGUCGAGAAUAUCCAAUAACCAGAAGUGAACGGAACGCCAUCGACACGAAAGCACAGAAUGACCGGCUUACUACCAGACAAUGACACCAAAAAUGGCCGCCAGAAAGAAGUAGCCGUCGAGCUGGAGCAACAAAGGCCAUCGUUGAUUGACCCAAGUGACGAUUUGCCUCCGUUGACUUAUACCACAGAAGCUAAACUGCUUCGCAAGAUCGAUCUCAGAUUGCUCCCGUCCAACGUGGCCAAUGCGCUUGUAUACGGAUUGAAAGAGGAUCUGAAUAUUUCCGGAGUCCAGGUGUCGACGGCAUUGGCCAUGUUCUUCAUCACGUAUAUCUUAUUUGAGAUUCCGUGGAAUAUCACAUUGAAGAGGUUGACACCGCGGGUUUGGCCUGAUGAAAUAGUGUCCAUUUGUAUGCUCUGUUUCGGCUUGACGACAAUGUGUACCGGAUUCGUUCGGAAUUAUGGUGGUUUUUUGGCCACACGCCUUGUCCUUGGAUUGGCGGAAGCAGGAAUCUUCCCCGGCUGUGCCUAUCUCAUGGGAUCGUGGUAUAGACGAAGAGAAGCCCAACGACGCUUCUCACUCUAUUUGAGUGCAACUUGUUUGGCUACCGCUUUCGGUGGUCUGAUAGCAGCCGCCAUUGGCAAUAUGGACGGAAUGGGCUCUUUGCCCGGCUGGCGAUGGAUCUUCAUCAUCGAGGGCAUCUUGACGGUUCUAUUAGCGCUGGUCUGCUUCGUCUUUCUCCCGAACUUCCCAGAGCAGGCCAAAUGGCUUACAGACGAGGAGCGCGAAUAUGUUCGGGCGCGGCUGCGGGCUGAACAGGGUAGCUCAGCACUUGAUCGUCGUAUUACGGUACGCGACGUCUGGGAGGUAAUAAAAGACCCUAAAGCGAUAAUCACGGGAAUUCUUCACUUGACAGUCUCCGUGCCGGGGACCAUGGGCACGUAUUUUGCACCAACAAUUAUUGAGAAUCUUGGGAUUUAUUCUCCGAUUCAGACCCAAUGGCACACGGUUCCGGUGUGGAUGGUUGCCUUUGUCUUGACUCUGGUCGUGGCAUACGGUUCCGACAAAAUUGGGAAUCGGUAUGCCUUGACUAUAGUCUGUGCCGUCAUAAGUAUUGUGGGCUAUGCUAUCCUGUUCGAAAUGGACAACGUGCAGGUGCGGUACGGAGCAUUAUUUCUGGCCAUCGCUGGUGUGCAUGCUUUGAUGCCUUUGGAGGUUUGUUGGAACGCGAUGAAUCUUGGAGGCCACCAUCGACGCGCUGUGGGAAGCGCAUGGCAGGUAUCCGUGGGAAGUCUCGGAGGUAUCAUUGGGACGUACGCCUUUCGACAGGAAGAUGCACCGGAGUAUCGACUUUCGUAUGCCCUCUGCAUUGGCUUUACCUGUGCGAGCGCCGCACUCUGUACCAUGUAUUGGGCAUGGUGCCGGUGGCUCAACCGUCAACGAGCCAGCCAGGGAUGGGGACGAGAUUUGAGCGAGGAGGAAAAGGAGCGUCUAGGAGACCGGAGUCCGAGUUAUCGGUUGAUGCUAUAG